UGGCACUAUGGUCAUGGCGGAGGGGACGGCAGUGUUGAGGCGGAACAGGCCGGGCACCAAGGCGCAGGAUUUCUAUAAUUGGCCUGAUGAAUCCUUUGAUGAAAUGGACAGUACACUUGCUGUUCAGCAGUAUAUUCAGCAGAACAUAAGAGCAGAUUGCUCCAAUAUUGAUAAAAUUCUUGAACCACCUGAAGGCCAAGAUGAAGGUGUAUGGAAGUAUGAACAUUUAAGGCAAUUCUGUCUUGAGCUAAAUGGACUUGCUGUCAAACUUCAGAGUGAAUGCCAUCCAGAUACUUGUACUCAAAUGACAGCAACUGAACAGUGGAUUUUUCUGUGUGCAGCUCAUAAAACUCCAAAAGAGUGUCCUGCUAUAGACUAUACUAGACACACGCUUGAUGGUGCUGCAUGUCUUCUGAAUAGCAAUAAAUAUUUUCCUAGCAGGGUUAGCAUAAAGGAAUCAUCUGUAGCAAAACUAGGAUCAGUAUGCCGUAGGAUUUAUAGAAUAUUUUCGCAUGCUUAUUUUCAUCACCGGCAGAUAUUUGAUGAAUAUGAAAAUGAAACCUUUUUGUGUCAUCGGUUUACUAAAUUUGUGAUGAAAUACAAUUUGAUGUCCAAGGAUAACCUGAUUGUACCAAUUUUAGAAGAGGAAGUUCAGAAUUCAGUUUCUGGAGAAAGUGAAGCAUGAAGGGAAUCGUACAGAAAAAUGUACUGAUCACAUAAUUAACGUUCAUUAUGUACUGUAUAUAUCAUUUUAGACACAUCAAUCAUGUAUUCAUAUUAUAGCUUCUUUGUUUAGAUUAGGUUUUUGUAUGCUGUGUGUUGCCUUUUAAAAGGGGAAAUACUUUUUAAGUUAUUCAUAAGCUGUAUAUUCACCGGUGUGGCACUCAUGGUUUUUUAAAUAAGAUUAGUAUUAUCUGUUUAUAAUGCCUGUUAAUAAAAGAAUUUACAGUUUGGUAAAAUUGCUGCUAAACAAUCAUUGGAUUACAAUCCUCAUCAAAUAAACCCAUAUAUAAAAAGAUGAGUAAGCUUGAGGUCUUGCACAAACCAUUUACUAAAGAGAUAGUAAUGUUUUCCUUUCAUUUUGUCCCUGAAUUUAGAUAUUAUAGAAAAUUCUAUAGAACAUAAACUGUAAACUUUUCCAAAAUGAGAUAAAAGUACUUUAAAAUUCUGUUUAUAGUUUUUGAUAUGCAUUUAUGAUUAUGUGUAUAUCCAAAUAUAAAUGCAAAUGAAGCAUUAGUAAUUCUUAUAUAAUCUUACUAUGCUAUAUAAAGUAUAUUCUAGGCCAGCAUACUUGGAAAGGAUAUACCUUUUUACAGCAGUGGACUGUUACAUAUAAGUUGAUGCUAAUGAUAAGGCACAUAAAAGGUAUUCCCACUGGAAAACUGUUCACCCCCUUCUCACUUCCCAUAAUCCUGUCCCCAGAUACUUUAGCUGAGAAGUCUUUCACCAGACUGUGACUUAGUGGUGACUUAUACCUGUUUAUACUCAUGUUUGUAUUAAUUGCUUACAGAUUUACCUCAUAUUAGCAAUUAUAUUACACUACAAGAAAGAUGUGUUGGCAUAGGCUCUUUGUUUUGUGAAAAUUUUCUAACUACUUGGAAGACAGACCUUAAAGCCAUUUGAUUCUUCCUCUCAGUAAUAUUAAUCUUUUCAUCUUACUCUAGGCAGCAUUAGAGUUAAAGAAAUAUUGUAGUAUUUAUUUUGUACCCUUUCUCCACAAAAUUUGAAUUAAAUACAUAUGUGAGGUUAUUUGCAAUAAUUGAUGCAAGGGUGUUGAUGAAUGGCCAUACAUUUUUUAGACUUUGUUGUAGCAUAUAAGAAUUUGGGUGCAGAUGUAACGAUCUUAUAAUCUAUUGAAUGCAGUUUUUCAUGGAGUACUAGAGAGGUCUUAUUGCCAAAUUGAUUGUAAUGAGGCACUAAGAUAGGGUAGAAAAAUUAUACAUGUAGUGAAGAAAAUACUUAAACUCAUCUCUAAGACAUAUUUAACAAAUGUGAGAAAAUUUUUCAUUUAAAAUAGUUAUUUUGAAAUGAAGAUGAAAAUGUAUUCAUCUUGAUUGUCUUCAAAGAAAUUAUUUAUACCAUAUUAUGAGACAAGUAUGCAAAGAAAAAAAUAUGAGAAAUAGUAGCAUACUGAGAGUGUGUGUAUAUAGUUUAUGCCUUUCCAAGGCUGCCAAUCGUUUUGGCUUUGAACAGUACUGUCCCAGCAGCCACAGUCCUUAUUGUACCCCAACUCACAGCUAUCUUUUAGAAGUUUUAUGUUCACGGUGAAAGGAAUGUUGAGUUUGAAAUUAUACGUUUUUUUUUUUAAUGUCACUAUAAACUAAUGGAAUAGUAAUUUUUAAGCAAACUUGCUGAAUAUUGAGAGAAUAACCUACUAAGUUAAAUUAUAGAUAGCAAUGUAGCUCUUCUCUCUUGAUGGUUUCUCAUAAUGGCUUUCUGUUACUUGACUAUUUUCUUGGUGAACAUUAGAACUAAAAUAGUGACUGGAAUUGGUUAUCUGGCUAAGGAUUUUGAAACACAUUUUGAAUAAUAUGACUUAGUGUUUAAUGGGGAAAUAAAAUGAUAUUUUUUCGUAUUCA